CCGGUACUUGAGACAGAGUAUGAAUAUUGUUUAAUAAUGUGGCUGACAACCGCAUGGCUCAGGGGCCCGGGGUGCGAUAUAAAGAAAUCAAUUAACUAUUUGGAUGGCUCUUCUAGCUGACUGGAUCUAGCUAUAUAGUUGUUUUGGAAUUCAAGAAAGACGUCAGACUCUUAGAGAAAGUAGAAGAAUACUGUAGCCUGUAAUACAAGAUUUAGUACAGGCAGAAAUCAACUUUUUCAUAAUAGUUAGACAUCUAGCACAAGGAGAGGUACAGCCAGCUAUAAGACUACCCCAAGGCUUCUGGAGAAGCUUUUCGAAGACCAAAGAAGGCAUACAUAACACAGGUUUUGUCCAAACUAAUGAUCUAAUCUUAUUGGUAGCACAACAAAACUUAAAACAAAGACAAGUCCUUUUAAUUAAUUAAUACAAAGAUACUACUGUUCAAGCUAGCUUCAUUCACAGAUGCUAAGAUAGACUAUGCUUCUUUUCUAGUAGAUAUAGCCUAGAUAUCCAGCAGGAGCUGUUUCUGCAUUCUCCAGAGAAAUACAGUGUCCCAGCUCGCCUUGUCAGCUAAAUUGAGCUGUAAGGUUUCCCACUUGAACGCAGCAAUCUGAUUGGGCUGCAAAUUUCUUGCAGUUGGAACAAAACUGCUACGUGUACUGAUACCCAACCAUGAGCGAAGCGUUGGUUGGACUCUGCCCAACUAAUUAGAAUCUUAGCUGAUUCACACUAGAUUUCUACUCAGACAAUGCAAAGCUGCACCUAACAAGUAAUGCAAGUUUUACAUUACCUUGUUUUUUGUACAAGCCUAAUUGGAGGGCUAUGGAUUAACCAAGUGUCUACGCAAUCAUGUACUCCACUUGAGGAGCAGCAUGCCUGCUACUCCCUAUCAGCCAGAAACAGCCUGGACAGAUACCCUCAGGUGCUUCCUGGUAGUGUUUCUAUAUCUUCAAAUAGUGCCAGCACUGGAUUCUCUUUUCUAGGAGUGUCAACGCCCGACUCUAACUGUGAAACUGCUUUUAUGCACAUAAUAUGCUUGGCAGCUAGACCACCUUGCACCAAUGUUACAGAUCUUCUACUGCCAGUUUGCAGUGAUAGUUGCUCGGCGUUUAAUCGUCUUGUUGAAGAAGGAAAGUGUGACUCUAUAAUACAGUCUUCUGAACAGCUUCUGAUGUCAUCCGAUCUCACAGUACUUCAGUUUCUAUUCGAAUUAUUAACAGGGUUUAACUGCAAUAAUGUGAGUACUUACUAUUUUUUUGACCGAUUGGACUCACUUAUUGAUUCUGAAAGAUGUACUGAUCUGCUUACACCUCAGCAAACUGAAACGGUCCUCUCAAAUCCGAAUAAGUGUGUACCCACUCCUUCCACGAGCAUCUGUGACUCUACAACCAUCUCCCAGUACGCCCACUACAUUCCUCUACGCAGCCGGAACAUAACCGCUUACCAACAGUUGCUAAGAGAGGUGGUUGCUAGUGGCAACUUUGACCAGAACUGUACAGACAUUGUCCUCUCUCUCGGCUGUUACAUCACUUUUCCUCCUUGUGACCCUGACACAGGAGACGCACUACUGCCACUCUGCUUGGAGACUUGUGAUGUUGAAUAUGCUUCGAUUCAAUCUUGUCUUUCAAUGGUCACAUUAGUAAAUGAAUUAACGAUCAUGAUGUCACUGUUUAAUUGUUCUGAUGUCAAUUCCUACUUGCCAGACUUUGUGCGUGUGAACUCUUCUCUGUGUAUCAAUUCAACUAAAUUGCGUGAGUUUUCCGAGACUGCCAUCUCCGAGAUAGUGGCUGAGAGUGUGCUAGCUGGAGCCAUUGUGGGGGGUGGUGUAUUCCUGAUUCUCGUGAUUGGACUGCUUUUCUUUGUUCUGGUUGUUCGGAGGAGAUCACAACGCGGCAAAGUAUCAAAGAAGCAAGGAGGUUCCCAAAGGAUAUACAACCAAAAACAUUCUAGUCCUCAUCACACUGCUCACAAUGUUGAAAAUGAAUUGUUUUUCACUGGUACUGAGGAUAUCCGACUGAGUGAUGCUGACAGAUCAUCUUAUGAAAAGAUAUUCUCUUCCAUUCUUGUGCCAUAUACUGCCCUAACAGUUGGUGAGGUGAUUGGACAAGGUGAAUUUGGCAAGGUUUUUCGAGGAGAAAUGAGGAGGUCAAUCGCCUCAAAAUGUGAAGACAUUGCCAUCAAAACAUUCAAAAAUUUGAAAUCGAAAGAUCAAUUAGAAUCGUUUUUUGCCGAGAGUUUGUUAAUGAAGGAUUUCAGUCACCCCAACAUUCUUAGGCUAGCUGGAGUGUGUUUUGACACUCCUGAUGGAGUACCGUACAUCCUCCUCCCAUUUAUGGCCAAUGGAAGUUUGAAGGACUUUCUGAAGAAGAAGAGAACUCACGUUACCAACGUAGAUAUUCUACCUGAGGAUCUAAAUGUUUCUACCCUGGUACGCAUGUGUAUGGAGGUAGCCAAUGGUAUGGAAUAUCUUGCUGAAGAGAAGUUUGUUCAUAGAGAUCUAGCAGCAAGGAACUGCAUGGUUGAUAAUAAUCUAGUUGUGAAGGUUGGUGACUUUGGCCUAGCCAGGGACAUCUACAGUAGUGACUACUACAGAGCCAACGAGGGAGCCAAGAUCCCAGUCAAGUGGAUGGCUCCGGAGACACUCCAUGAUGCCAUUAGCAACGAGAAAACCGAUGUGUGGUCAUUUGGGGUGACUUGUUGGGAGGUGUUCUCUUUGGGACGAGGCCCGUAUCCAGGGAUACGAAACCAGGAUAUUCUCAAACACAUCUCCACUGAAAACAAGAGAUUAGAGAGACCGUCACUAUGUCCAAAAAUGCUAUAUGAACUUCUGAUGACCCCGUGUUGGAGGUUGCUGCCUGAGGAGAGACCACCGUUCAGUCAGCUGGUUCAACAGCUACAAGAGCACUGGGAGGAGAAUCACGCUUACAUUAUUGAAAACACUGAGACACCGAGUAACAAUUAACUGGAUUAUAAAUCAUAGAAUGCUGUGAAUUUCUACUUUUAAUAAAGUAGCUUUAGUUAGUGCAACUCUCUUGUAAUUUAUAUUUCUCAUUAAUGCUCACGAUAAGAAUAAUUUUGCUCAUAAAAAUUAUUAUUGUGUGAAA